AUGGCAAAUACUGGAUUUCAAGAAAUUAGUGAAAAACCACCAACGUUCUCUGUUGCAUUGACUGCUGGUGCAUUUGGUGGCAUUAUAGAAUCAGUACUCUUGUUUCCACUGGACACUUUGAAGACUCGUUUACAGAGUGAAGCUGGAUUUUCGAAAUCUGGGGGAUUCAAAAGAUGUUACUCUGGUAUUUAUCCAUGUGUGAUUGGAUAUACUCCGUACGUUGGUGUAUUCUUCUGUGUUUACGAAAGUGUGAAGAACAAAUUUAGUGGAUUUGAGCAUAAUAAGUAUCACCCUCUGAUACACGCUGGAGCUGGAUGUUUAGCUGAAGUAAUAGCCUGUACAGUGGGUGUGCCAGCCGAGGUUGUAAAGCAAAGAACACAAGCAAAUAUACAAUUGUCCGGUAUGCAAAUAUUGAGGAAGACUUUACAGAAAGAGGUCUGUGCUAUUGUAGGUUGCGUAACGACGCCAUUAGAUGUGGCAAAAACAAGAAUAAUGUUAGCCAAGAACGGUACAUUCACUGCAACCUCUACCAUAUUACACAUGGUAUGGCGAGAGAAAGGUAUCCAAGGACUCUUUGCUGGAAUGCUCCCGAGAGUUUUACGUGUUAGUUUGGGAAACUACAUUUUUUUUGCUGCAUAUGAAACCUUUAUAUCGAAGGCCAUGUACAACUAA